CGGGCGGCCACCCCCGAGCCCCCCCCACCGCCUGAGCCCCUGGAGAUUGAGGGUCCCGUGGAGCCAGAGACCUUCCUGCGAGCCGCUGUCCAGGGCAAGAUGUAUGUCAUCGAGAAGUUUCUGGCAGACGGUGGCUCCCCUGACACAUGUGAUGAGUUCCACCGCACAGCCCUGCACCGCUCCUCGCUGGAGGGACACAUGGACAUCCUGCAGAAGCUGCUGGACAGCGGGGCCACCGUUGACUUCAGGGACCGGCUGGACUGCACCGCGGUGCAUUGGGCCUGCCGGGGAGGGCACCUGGACGCUGUCAAGCUGCUGCAGGACCGCGGGGCAGACCUCAACGUGAAGGACAAGCUGCUGAGCACUCCCCUCCAUGUGGCCACCCGGACCGGGCACCCUGAUAUUGUGGAGCACCUCAUCCACUGCGGGGUGGACAUCAACUCCCAGGACAGGGAAGGUGACACAGCCCUGCAUGACGCCACGCGGCUUAGCCGCUACAAGAUCAUCAAAAUGCUGAUCCUGUACGGGGCUGACAUGAUGGCCAAGAAUGAGGCUGGCAAGACCCCGACGGACCUGGUGCAGCAGUGGCAGGUGGACACACGCCAGGCGCUGGAGACCAAGGAGCAGCCACAGGGAGAAAUGGAGGUCCCAGCGUGA